AUGUCGUGUACUACUGAAUCUGCUCACCACCACCAAGAAUUAACAUGCUGCUCCUCCACAGUCGACCGAUAUUGCAUCCUUGAUCAUGAUGGCACCGUUAUCGCAUCUGCAACCGAUUACGUCCCUACUACAAGUAUCAAUGAAUGGCUUCAACGCAGCCCCAAUGCUACAGCUACCUUGACACUCUUUGAUGGUGACACCAUUGAUCUCCCUGUUUACACCCUUCGUCGUCGAAAUGCAGUCGUUGCCAACCUACCAGAUGCUCCCUCAAUGACACCUUGA